AUGGAAGAAGAACCAGCUGUACCACCAUCAAAACCCAAAAUGCCAUUUCUCCGAAGCAAGGUCCCAAAGAUGUCCCAACAACCACAUACAAUUCUACCCAAGUUGUGUAUUAUUUGCAAAAAGCUAACUAAAAGGACUAAGAUUAAGGGAAAGUGGGUGCAUGAAUCAUUGUCUAAAGCAGAAACAUCAGAUGCAGGUAAGAUUGAGAUAAAAAGCCCAAAGUAGAGGGGAUGUUCAGUAUGUGUGUAUUCUUAUCACGUUGGUUAUUUUCUGCUUAAAAUAUAAUGAUUUAUAGUCAACUUAUCAAGUGUAGUCUAUCAAAUGCACACAUUUUCCCACUUUUUAGGCACACAUUUUCAAAGGCACACAUUUCCCCACUUUUUAGGCACACAUUUUCAAAGGCACACAUUUUCAAAGGCACACAUUUUCCCACUUUUUAGGCCAGCUUCGUAGUGCUGCUGAAAGGAUAGAUGACGAAACUAUCUUGAAGGACAUUAGAGGAAAAGACUGUUCAUGUAUUGAGGUCCAGUACCAUAAGAGCUGCUACAAUGAUUAUGUCCGUGUUUUAAAAGGAAAUGACUCUGUUGGUGAAAAGUAAGUUUUGAUUUUUAUAGUUAAUUUUUAUAGAUAAUGUUUCAGAUGUCUUUGUUGUUGUUUACCUUCACUUGAAAAUUAACAAUACAAAUAGGAAAUAAAGUACAUUUCUUAUUUAGGGACGGACCAUUAGAAAAGUGAUGGGGGGGGGGGGCAAAAACCCCCCAAAAAAAUUAUUCCCAGAAACAAAUUAGAAAAAAAAAAUCUUCCCAGCCAUAGUGCAAAAAAAGAUCCUUCCUUGGAAGAUAGGCCUAUAAAUUUUAAUUAAAAAAUAUAUAUUUCCAGCCAUCAAGUGAGAAAAAAAAAAUUUCUUCUAUAGGUGUACAAAAAAAAAAAUAUUGCCCCUUAGAAAAUCCCCCCUCCCCCCCAUCACUUAUCACUUUUCUAAUGGUCCAUCCCUUAUGGUUACAUGUUACGUUUUAGGAAAACAAACUUCUUUUCUGAGCACAAAGCAGGUUAUGAUGCUUUCUGUAAAAUAGUGAUCAAAGAAAGGUUAGAAGUGAAUUGUGAGAUUCUGCGCUUGACGAAAUUGCAGCAACUACUUCUCAAACAUAUACAGCUUGAAGAACGUGUGCACCUAGAAAACAUACGGUAUGGGCUUAUAUAUCAUUAUAUGCAUUAAUUUAUUAUUUUAGAGAUAUUUUUUUGUAAAAAUGUCACAUCUCUUGAUUGUCUUAGUUGGAUAAUUACCCAUUUUUUCUCUUUAAGAUCUGAUAUGUUGAGAGUGAGAUUACAAAGGGAUUUUGAGCAACUUGUGUUUCACAUUCCAUCAAGAAGGUUUGUAAAUCACUCAGUGUUUUACGUUUAUGUUAUAAGUGUGAAAACAUUAUGAUCAAUGCUAUACACUCAAAUAGAACUAAAAUUAUAUAUGUUUUUGACAAUUAACAUGCCUGUACUGAUAAUACCGUAUUCUUAGGAAUGAAUCCACAAUUGUAUAUUGUCAAAAUGUAACAGCUGGUGACAUAGCACAGCAGUACUUGCCUACAAGUCAAGUUUCUAGUGUUGAAGAUGAAAGUGAUGAAAAUCAGAAGUUUUAGAAAAUGAGAUUAGAAGUAGUAGAAUUGACAGGCAUCAAACAAGUCAGGAAGGCAGUUCUGAAAAUACAUUUAAAGAAUUGUUUAUGUCAGGUUAGAAUUUUUAGAUUUUUUAGUGGUGUAUUAUUCUAAGGAGUACAAAUAUACAGCAAUAUUUGGACAGUUUGUUAUUUGGUUUAGUUUGUUACAAGCUUAUUUGGUUAGCCCAUCAAAUUUGUUGCAUGAAUUCAUUGUUUGUAUUUGACUCGACAAACGAAAUGUAUAAAUGGGUACAAAAUUAAUGUAUAAAUUACGAAAUUAUUCAAAUUUAUUUGUCCUUCCCUCAAACGUAUAAUCCUAUACAAUACUCAUUACAACUUUACAACAGAGGGACAUUUUUCCAUUUUAAAGGUGUUUAUUUGAAGAACAAAAUAAACAAUGUCCAGCCAGAGCAGAGCAAAUGGCCCCCUAGAAGUAAAGACCUAAUUAAGACUAAUAUGGUACCAGUUGACUAAUAUGGUACCAGUUGAACUAGCUUGCCACCGUGUAAAGAUGCGUUGCUACAACAUAUUAAGAGAUGUUCGUAUCAAGCUGCCAUACACCAAAGAGCAAUUCAGCAAACCAUAGAUGCUCCGUCUCCUGACGGCUACGGCUGGUCUGUCAAAGACGGUGUUAUUGAUGUUGUGUGGAAGACCAAACCUGCGGCUCCAGAAUGUCUAUUGAAGGUUGUUAAAUGUGGCUGUAAGACUACCAAGUGCAUUAAGGGUGGCUGUUCAUGUUUAACGAACAAAUUGUUAUGUACAGACAUGUGCAGGUGCAAGGAAUGGGAAAGAUGACAACGAAACUGAAGUACCCGAUGAUUCAUCUCAAAUCAGCGCCGUUGAGGAUGACUUGGAUUUGCCACCCUUUAGUAUAUGA